GACAUAUUCACGCACAGCACGAGAAAUCUACAAUACCACUCCUGUUCACGAGUUCUAUACGCAUGUGUUGAUAGUGGAGUGGGCAGCAAUUCUGGCGGUAAUGGGCCGGACACCUGCUUCCGGCGCCAUGCCAGAGACUACGGUGUGUAUUACUGAAUGGGCCUCGGAGAACAGCCAGCAAGUCCGAAUCCACAGCCUUGAGCUGAUUCCCAGCCGGUUGGAGUUGAACAAGAAGAUAAACGAUAUCCUAUGCGGUUCCGAACACUGUACCUUUGAAACAUGCGAUAUCAGAAACGCUCCCAAAGAUCUCCGCGACCACGAUUUCGUUUAUUUGAACGCCGCUAUAGGGUCCACCAUGCUGGAGAAAGAGAAUAUUCUUAUAGACAUUAUUGAACACGAGGCCGGGAGCCUUUGUUCUCACGCGCAGCACGGAUUCCCUGAAGACAAUGGCAUUUCCUCCGUCUCAGAUCCAAACACCCCGCAUCAUCAAGCGGUUAAGGCCGGUUCUGACGUGCCGCCUCGACGGCGAGGUAGGAAGGAACGCCAGCACGAGUUUCAUCAUCUCUAGAAUAAGUCGUAUCUUUAUGUAAUUAACACUGUCCACAACUUCCUCAAGACCCUAUACUUAGCAUCUUGGAUCUUGUAAGUCUGUUGC